GCAUUCCCUCUCAGACUCAAUUCAGAGUGGCAUCCACAGGGGUCAUGAAACGGAGCUGAACUUCACGUUUAGGUGAAUUAUCUGCACGCACAGGACCGGGACUGCCACUCAGACUCACUUUACAGGCUGGACCGCGCGUAGUUCAUCUUUAUCUGAUGCUGCGUAAAAGCUGACCGUGGAAAGCGCUGCAGGCGCUCUGAAGAAAACGCAUCAGAGGAUACCGCUCAGUGUGAUUUUGCUCCCACUACAUAUAAACUAUAUCGAGCACUUGCGUUUGUUUACACGAGGAGACAAGAACUGUUGAUCCGGACAGACCUGCUUCUCAUCCAAAUGGAUGCGCAAUGAUGGAUUAAUCGCUUUUCGAUGCAACUUUUCCCAGCGGUGCCCUGAUAACCCCCUCCUGAGGAUUUUACGCCAGCAACCUUUACCUGAUUUAUCCUUUCAAGAUGUAUUUGAUAAGGUCACUGCUUAUGCUCUUUCUAGCACUCUUCUCCGCCAAUGCGAGCAACUGGCUAUACUUGGCAAAGCUGUCAGCGGUAGGGAGCAUCUCGGAUGAAGAAACCUGUGAGAAGCUCAGAGGACUCAUCCAGAGGCAGGUUCAGAUCUGCAAGCGUAAUGUGGAGGUGAUGGACGCGGUCCGCAGGGGCGCUCAGCUCGCCAUCGACGAGUGCCAGUUUCAGUUCCGCAACCGACGCUGGAACUGCUCGACGCUAGAGAGUGUUCCUGUGUUUGGCAAAGUGGUCACACAAGGUACACGAGAAGCUGCAUUUGUGUAUUCCAUAUCUGCUGCUAGUGUAGCUUUUGCAGUGACCAGAGCCUGCAGCAGUGGGGAGCUGGACAAGUGUGGCUGUGACCGCAAUGUGCACGGUGUCAGUCCAGAAGGUUUCCAGUGGUCAGGAUGCUCAGAUAACAUUGCAUAUGGGGUUGCUUUUUCCCAGUCCUUUGUGGAUGUCAGAGAGCGAAGUAAAGGACAGUCCUCCAACAGAGCCCUAAUGAAUCUUCAUAACAACGAGGCAGGAAGGAAGGUAAGACGCUUAACAAACAUCAUGCUGAAAGCUUUUAGCAUUCAUAAUUUGUUAACAAAUAACAAAUUCUUUUACCAUCCCAAGGCAAUUCUGAACCACAUGCGAGUGGAAUGUAAGUGCCACGGUGUUUCAGGUUCCUGCGAGGUAAAAACCUGCUGGAAAGCAAUGCCGCCGUUCCGCAAAGUGGGCAACGUCAUCAAGGAGAAAUUUGACGGUGCUACAGAAGUGGAGCUGCGCAAAGUGGGCACCACAAAGGUCCUGGUCCCACGAAACUCACAGUUCAAGCCACACACAGACGAAGAUCUGGUGUACCUGGACCCGAGCCCAGACUUCUGCGAACACGACCCCAGAACUCCAGGCAUACUGGGAACCGCAGGACGCUUCUGCAACAAGACCUCGAAGGCCAUCGAUGGCUGUGAGCUCAUGUGCUGCGGUCGCGGAUUCCACACGGAGGAGGUGGAGGUGGUCGACCGCUGCAGCUGUAAGUUCCACUGGUGCUGCUACGUCAAGUGCAAACAGUGCCGCAAGAUGGUCGAGAUGCACACGUGUCGGUGAUCCAGACUGCAGAACUUAUUCUCACCACUUCCCGACAAAUUCCCCAGCAUUUCAUGCGACAAUAGAGGAACAUGUCAUACAUGAGACUUUAAAAUAUAGGGGCGAAUAUACCCGAGGUCCCAAUUGAGAGUAUUUUUCUCUCUUCUGUUUCUUUUUUUAUUGUGGUUGCUCUCUUAUUUAUAUAUAUAUAUAUAUAUAUAUAUAUA